CAAGUGUUUGGUAGUGUUUGUUUCAUAACAUUGACGUCAUAACCGUGGGACAAUAAUAAAAAUUCUUUAAAUUUCGAGUAAAAACAAAACGGAAAACCAAAACAAAAUAUGAAAUUAACAUUGACACGUUAUCGUAUCCUUUUGGGUCUGCAAUUCUCUUUACUGAUUGCCGAUUUAUUUUUUAAUACAUUUGCCCAUUUGUUGUUGCCGCAAAAGUUACAAUUAACUAUAUUGUUGUUUGUGACAAAGGACUUGUUUAUAAUAUGUGAAUAUUUGUUCUUUACAUUCGCUGUCCAUGCCACCUGUGUCUAUGAGGUUGGAGCCACUCAUGUCAUUCUCAGGAAUUGCAAAUUCUUCCUGUUUACAAUUCUUUUAUAUUUUUUAUUGUCGGUUUCGCAACACUUCUGGUUCGUCUACCAUGCUUUGUGGUAUCCCAUGUCAGAUUGGUCAUCAACCAUGAAGGCUUUAUCAUUUGUUCAAAGAACAG